CAGGACCAGCACCGGCAACAUGAUGCGAAUCGCUCCGCUAGUUUUGGCUUUGGCAGCAGUCUGUAAUGGCAUCCUCCCUGAGAUAGUGGACUCGGGCAUCACGCACAUCCUGGAGGAUAAUUCAGAUCAGGGGCAAACGGAGCUGGGCCGCGGGUUUGUGGAAGUGGAGCAACUGCCCGAGGAUCCGCAGCAAAAGCCCGAGGAUGCGUUUCACCAAAAGAACAACGAGAGUCUCAGUCCUCGUCCCAUCAAUAACCUCCCUUCAAGUCAUCACAACGAAACGGAUGGUGAUAAAGUGGCUGUGAAUGAAACUGUCCACGCCUCAGCAGACCAGGAGACAAAUAACAUUACCACAGCUGUCCAGUCCAGUGACUUGGAGAACAGUAUUGCUCAUGGAUGUAUGACUGAUGAGGACUGUGGAAAGGGAAAGUACUGCCUUUAUGACACACACGACCCGAGGUGCCUGCCUUGCAAAGCAAUAGAUGUGUCCUGUACUAGGGAUGUGGAGUGCUGCGGUGAACAGCUGUGUGUCUGGGGCCAGUGCAGUCAAAAUGCAACAAAGGGAGAGGCUGGCAGCACUUGUCAAUACCAGACUGACUGCAGUCCAGACUUCUGCUGUGCUUUCCAUAAAGCACUGCUCUUCCCUGUCUGCUCAUCCAAGCCCAUUGAACGUGAGCGCUGCUUCGGUGCCUCCAACCACCUGAUAGAGCUGCUGUCCUGGGACAUCCAGGACGAGGGACCCAGGAAACAUUGCCCCUGUGCAGGAGGUCUCCACUGCCAGCACCUGGGGCGAGGAUCCAUGUGCCUUAAAGGAGAGGACUCAAGUGAAGAGGACCUGACAGACACUCUAUACUCAGAGAUAGACUAUAUAAUCUAGACACAGCUUGAUUUGAUUCACAUUGCCUUGUAAACAACUAGACAGGCGUCUCUAAAGAGAGAGCUUUGUCACAAAGAGCACCUUCUGUUUGCCUGCAUAAUACAUAGUGGCAAAAGCAUGUGAAAUGAAUGAAAAUAUAGUUAUUUUACUUUAAUUGAGACCUGGAAUUUACAGUCCUUCAAGGUUUCUGAAAAUGUAGAUGUAGACAGGAAAAGCUGUAUUGCAGUUUCAUGACUCUGCUGCAUCUCUAUUACGCUGUAAGUCAAACUCUUACCCAAUGCUAACCUUUCUGUAAAUUAAAUGUACUAAAUAUAACUCUAGACCCAGUCUGUAGUACGGCUACAUUUACUGUGAACAAGGAAGAAAAAGAAACCAGAUACGAUCAUGUUUCAUGUACUGUAUGUUUAAUGCAAUAAUGUCACAGGAGCAGGCAAUAAUAAAUUAAGUUUGGACUUCCAAGAGUCACUCCCCCUGAACAUUACGCGUAGAGUCAUCUACAGGACGCCAACGCUACCAGGAUGUCAGCAGAACGUGUGUGGUUUCUUCUAAAUUGGUAAAGGAUCCUGUUAACAUUUCAAUAGCUGCUGUGUGAUAGAACCACAACCAAAGUUUGAUUCAGAGUGAAUCUAAUUCUAGCUGCUUCAGUAUCCUAAAGUUGUUUAUAGCAAAGCUUUAAGUUUCCUUUGCACUCUCCGUUGUUGCUUGUAGAAAAUGUUUUGGCAAAACUUAUUAUUUGGUCUUACCAAUAUCAGAUGUGCUGCCAAGAGCCUCAUGUUGAUUUGUUCCACAGAGACACUGUUUAUUUUUGCCAAGACCUCAACAUUUUCAUGGCUCAGAGAUGACAUGUUAUUUCUAUGCAUGACAAGAGCAAACUGUCCAACCUGCCAUGUUGUGAUUUAGUCUGUCUAUAUUGUUUCUGUCUGUAUAUAUACAUACAUGUAUUAUGUAAUGUGUUUUGUGUUUCUUGCUGAGAUGAAUAAUUGACCAAAGAAGGUUGUGCAGCACUGGAUAAAAUGAAUUUCCUGGCUUUCAACACAUAAAAUCCAUCCCACGUAUUUGCAAAGACUCCGUUGAAUCAGUUCUUUUUG